AGAAUUUCAGUGAGCUCUCCUUUAGCAUGGCAGAAAAUGAUGACAAGAGCGAUCUUAACUUCCUAGCAAUAAAUGGAGCAAGUCAGAAUGCAAGUUACAAACUAAAGAAUACCUUCAAGAUGACUCAGAAAGGAGAACAUGUUGUGAAGAUAACUGCUAAGGAUUUAAGCAACCUUGAGGAAGUAAAUGAGGAAUUGGAGCUUUCAAGUCCCAAAAACUUCAGACAAAAUUCAAAGAAUAAAGAUCCUUUUGGUGGCCAUCUUGAAGAAGAUUUAGACAACGUGGACAUCGAAGCUUUAUUUAACAAGGAGCAGACACCUGCUCUAUUCAGAGGCACCUCUGGUGUGAUAGAUCCGCAGACGCUUAAGCGAAAGUAGGUUAAGAUAAGGGAAAUAUAUUGUUCCUGGUCGCCACUUGUAAAAUUAUCAGUCAAUAUUUUUA